AAUCAUUUUUAAUAUUUUGAAUUCAGUUAGGUACCUAUAAUAUAAUAAUAAAGUCGGCCAAUAUUCUUCAACCUGCUCCUAAAACAAAUACUUUUCUAAAAAACGCGAGAUCAUCGCCGACGAAUAUACAUUCACACAUACAGGUCAAAGUGAACCUCGUUUCUUUUUGAAGUUGGUUAAAAUUACAUUAUAAGUAUUAUUCAGUGUUUUUUUGGGAGAAAAAUCUUGGUAGUUCAGAUAUUGGCAAAUUGGUGACUGGCAACACUGCUUCUUUCUUUCGCUUGUCAUAUCCGUGGCUAGUGUGCAUUACAUACAACAUGCAGAACGACGCCGGAGAAUUCGUUGACUUGUACUGCCCGAGGAAGUGCUCGGCCAGCAACCGUCUGAUCCACGCCAAGGACCACGCGUCCGUGCAGCUGGUGAUCGCGGACGUGGACCCCGCCACGGGCCGCGCCGCCGACACCUCCAAGAUGUACGUGGUGUGCGGAGCCAUCCGCCGCAUGGGGGAGUCCGACGACUGCAUCGUCAGGCUCACCAAGAAGGACGGCAUAUUGGCUAAGAACUACUGAAGUAACUUCUUAGUCAGUAAGGAUCUAAUUUUAAGGACACAAUAAAAACACUUAAAAAAUU